ACUACAGCCUACCAAAUGAUUAUGAAGUUACAUAAGACUCUAUUUGAAGACUAUAUAAAGCCUUUUUUUCACUCUAGCAAGAGAGAGAAGUCUAUCAAGAUGCAGGUUUGCUGCGUCAGGUUCAUUCAUGCAUGGAGCUUUGUUUCAAGACACACUGAAACCUGAACCAGUGCUGAUAUAUUUACUAGCUCAUACUUCAGAGCUAUCAACCUGAGUCGUGAGUAACAGCUACUGUAAGUGGCUUCUGUGCACGAUGAAGAAUUUUUCAGUUCCUGUGCAAGCUAAUGAAUAUCAGACUGAAAAUCUUUUUCCUCAGCUUGUCCUGAAUUUGACAAAUAAGUCAGAUCCAGUUGGAAGACCAGAAAGAGAUGAGCAAUUAGCUCAGCUAGAGAUUGCUGUGUUGGGAGUAAUAUUUAUGACAGCAUCUGUGGGCAAUUUUAUUCUCAUACUGGUAUUGUGGAGGAGGAGAAAGAAGUUGUCUAGGAUGUAUGUAUUCAUGCUUCACCUGAGCAUAGCGGACUUAGUGGUAGCAUUUUUUCAAGUCCUUCCCCAACUAAUAUGGGAUAUUACAGACGUUUUCAUAGGGCCAGAUGCAUUGUGCAGAACUAUCAAAUAUUUGCAGUUGUUGGGCAUGUUUGCCUCUACUUAUAUGAUAGUGGUUAUGACAGUGGACAGAUAUCAAGCAGUAUGCUAUCCCUUGGUCACUUUCCAAAAGAAAAGGGCUCUUUGGAAUGCUGCCAUUUGCACCAGCUGGUCUAUAUCACUGAUUUUUAGUCUUCCACAAGUAUUUAUCUUUUCUAAGACUGAAAUAUCUCCAGAUAUUUUUGAAUGCUGGGGUGAGUUCAUCCAACCUUGGGGCUUAAAGGCAUAUGUGACUUGGAUUUUUGUAGCUAUUUUCUUCAUUCCCACAGCUAUCCUUACUAUUUGCCAGGUUAAGAUCUGCAAAAUAAUACAAAUGAACAUACAGGUGAAAAAAAGGAAUGAAUUUGAAGCAAUAAAUCAGAAGCAAAUCCUGCCAUGCCAAGCAAGCAGUAUUAACUGUAUUUCAAAGGCUAUGAUCAAGACUGUAAAAAUGACAGUGGUGACAGUUAUUGCAUAUAUCCUGUGUUGGGCACCUUUCUUCAUUGUACAGUUGUGGUCUGUAUGGUACCCCAGUGGUGUUACUGAAGGUGCAGCAUUUACCAUCAUCAUGCUCCUGGGUAAUUUGAAUAGUUGUGCCAAUCCAUGGAUUUACAUGUAUUUUUGUGGCCACAUUCCAUAUUGUGCCAAAAAGAAGUCAAAAAACAUCUCAGCUCAGGAAGAAUCUGGGAUCACAGGAAGCAUUAAUUUGGUACACAGGGAACCAGAAGAAAACCUAACUUGUUUAUAAAUGUAAACUUCUUUUUUUGUUCCUUUGAUACAUUAAUUACAUUCAGAUUUUUUGGGAAUAUUUUAUCCCUAUCCUUUGUUAUCUGAAGAGUGGAGUGAGUUGAAAAAUUGUCCUUCACGGUAUAAAUAUAUUUUUCUUAAAUAUCGUAGCAUACACUGCAUUACAAGAAUUCCAGUGUUGUGCAAGCCUGACUUUUAACAGUUACAUUGCGCUAUAAAAGACAAAUGAAUUCAUAUAACUAUUGCUACUAUAAAAAAGAUAUGUAGAGCUAUUUUAUAUACUUCUUUUUUGUCUACAAAAACUGCUUUCUGGUCUCUAAUUUUGGAUUGCCAACUAGAAGAUUUCUACAAGAGUGAUGACAAAUUGCGAUAUUAUUGGAAAGGAGAAUCCUAUAAUUAGAUUUGAAUGUGUGAUAUUGAAAUUGAAGCAUGAAUAGUUCUGGAAAUAUUUGGGGGAAAUAUUUGAGAAACCUUGAGAGGCAUCAGAAAGUCACUAAAGUCUGCUGUCAGCUUUAAUUAAACACUUUAUAAAAAUGUGUCGGUCCUGGGGAGUUAAAUGUCACAGU